GUUUUCAUGUCCUUUUUUUCCAUUUUUAUCGACGGGAAUUGAAAUCUGACAGACUUCUUUUUUAUUGAUUUAGCUACCUUAGGUAAUAAAUCCGUCGUGAAUGGUGGAUAAAAGGAGAAGGAUUUUUUCGACAUUUUACUUGCUUACUGAAUCAUGACCCGUGCUUAAGUUCGCAGAAACGGUAAGUGGUAGAAAUAUUAACAGUGAAAAUUAUUGUUUUCGGUAAAAAUUUCAUACACAGAAAUGUUUCAUUUUUAUUUGCCAGCAAAUCAGGCAUAUGAAAAAUAAGAAAGGUGGGAAAACAACAUGAUCCAUCGACCAGCCCCGUCUAGCUGAUAUAUGUAAUUAUUAUAAUUUUAAAUCAACUUAACGGAGUAAAUCAGAAUUUCUCUCUAUAUUAAAAUGUAAUAUGUGAUUUUUGAAACAGUGGCUAAACCUUCAAUUUCACGUAUAAAUUUGUCAUAUAAUAAUGCCGUAUAAAUUAAACGCUAAUGUUUCAGAGUCCCAUUUAGCAUUAUUUUGAGUAAUGUAAAGUUGUUACCUCCAUCAAUUUUGAAUAAUCAUUUCUUGCACGACAUCAGUCUAAAAAGUUGAUAUAAUUCUACUUUCAAGUGAUUUUUUCAUUAGUAAGAGCUAAUCUUGCUCCGGUGACCCAAAUUAAUAAAUAAAGCUGGAAAAGGAAUUUCAAAAUUCACGAAAAUAUAGUGGAGUUUCCGCUAGUAAAAACAAUGUUUUCCAAGUAGCUGUUAGCGCUUGUAUGUCAGCAAGCCCCAUGACCAAGGAGUACGAGUCCAUUUCCUUCUUUUCAUUAUAUUCAUACUUCUAAACUGCUAAACUGAAAAGUGAAUAAAAACCGAAAACAUUCUUAUUUAUCACGAAAAAGGCAUCAAGUUGCGGCCUACCAAAUGUUCACGUUAACACAACAAUAUGUUAUCUUCAAGAAUUGAAUUUGACUUGUGUGGCAAGAGAAUUGUUCAAUAACUUUCAGUUCAUUAACCGUCUAUCUGUAAACUACCACAUCUCUAACCGUCCCAGCGAUAGAGUUCAGGUAUUUUUUUCGAGUGACGUUUUAAAAAAAUAUGUUUAUUUUUAUGUUUUGUGUCAAUCGGAAGCAUAGAGGAAAAACAAGAAUAAGCAAUUUCGAUGUUAACAAGGCAUGAUGCCGACCAUGGCAGGCCGUGCUACUUUUCUAAUCUCUCUAUUUGUAAUGGACAGCAUUUUUGACCCCAAAACACACCUACACGUACACAGCCAAAAUGAAAGUAGAUUUGGGGGAGGUAAUUCAUUUGUUGUAAAAUGCUAGCUGCAUUUCGUGGGUUCCAAUCAGGUUAUUUUAUUACUUAGUACAUGUUUUAUUUUGUCCGUAACCUCAGUUUUUGACGCGGCGAAGGAGACCAUACAAAGACAGCACAAGAAUGAUAUUCCCCAACAAGAUCUUAGAGUUCGUACGAAUCGAUCAAAUAAACGCUGACUAAUAAAUUAACGUAUAGUGUAUACUAUAAAGUCGAUCUGGCGAAGCCUAAAUGUCUAGUUUUAUCUUUUAUGGGUGGUGAUAUUUGGCUGGUUAGUCAUAAAGGCAUAGAGCACUUUAUAUUUUUUCUUCCGCCCUUUAGUUGACAAAGGUGAUGCAAGAUAUCUUAGAAAUCGUCUGAUCAGUUACACCUUAAUGUGAAGGUUGGGUGGCUAAGUGUUGUGUUGGAAUUGCACGGAUUACACUUCAAAAAAUGUAAUAGAUUGAUUAUCAAGAUGAUUCUUUGGAAGCUGCAUUGUUAGGUGUUUUUUCGUAGGUGAUUGCAUCGAUGCCAUUAAAGAUAUUUUUUUUUGUUUGAAUAUACGUCGCUUGAGUAGUACGCCUCAUAAGGCCCGUUUUAAGAUUUGUGGACACGAUUCAUGAUUUUAUAUCAAAUGGUAAAAACUUUAUUUACGUGUCAAUGUGUUUAGCUUUACAGCUAGUGGGGGACACAGACUAUCUACAUUAAUAAUAAGUAUUCCUAAUAAAAAUAUAAUAUAUUUAAAAAGACUAUCACGAGGUACUAGAGUGAUGUCCUCAUCGAUUAUAUUCUUGAAAUCUUCCUAACAGUAAAAUUAUUACAAAUCUAUAUUGCACACACAAUUCUUUUCCACAAUCGGACUAUGACUAUGCCGGGGAUAUGUACGUAUCAUCAAAUUAAAAAAGAAGCAAAGAAGCAGUUUUUUUUUCUUAUCUUUGAGGUAAUCCCUUGUUUGUGAAAAUAAACCGUCAAAGACUUGUACAAGUCCGGAAGUGUAAAACGGAAACGGAAAAAUAUCCUGUCAAGUUGUCCUACCAAUCAAACAUUUUCAUCGGUUUUCAAGAAAUUGUUUCCCGUUUCUCAACACAAUAGCGAGUCUGGCAUAAAAGGAGCUUCCUUGCGUCGCAGCUGCAUCGCUUCAUCAAGGUUCACUUGAAGACAACCAGCCUGGAUCCAAGAUGACUCGCUUGAUACUUGUACUCUGCACGCUUUUGAUGGUCACACUGAUGAUUCUUAUUUCUUGCACUGGAACUGGAGAAGGGGUGAGAGUUGUAGUGAGUUGUUUACCAUGAUAUAAAUAAUUUUAAAAGUUAUACUAUUAUUAUGAUUUAUUAUGUCAAGCUUUAUUGGGCAAGAUCAAAUCGAAAAAAUAAAAUAGAAAAAAAUAAAAAAUUGAAAAUAUAAAAACAUAAAGAAUUAAAGCCCAAAAGGCAUGGGCACGAACAGGACACUCAGACCCAUGCAGAGUGCCAACCCUAGGAAAAUAUAAGGAUUUAAAAUAUAUACAAAAGGUAAAAUCUAGUUGUUGUAGGAGGAAAGUCUAAUUGUAGAAUAAUCUAUAUGUACAAAAUUGUCGUCUAACUGUAGAAGAAAUCUAAAACUAUUAAAAAAAAAUUUUGAUUGCAAUAAGUUUGAUUGCAAAAUGAAUAUUUCCCCGUGAUAAAAGCAGCAUUGCGGAAAGUCGGAAUAACGUUGAACACAAAAAAGACGCGACGUCAGGACUCUUACAAGAACAAUAUGCUUCCCUCUGAACUCAGUAUAUGAGAUGCACAAUCAACGUUCAUAAACCUGGGGAUUUUCUUAUAGGCCGGUUUCGGUACAUUCAAGAUAUCAAGGAACGGGAAGCAAGUAUCUGAAAAGGUUAAAGUCGACGUCAAGAAGAACUUGGAGAUGUACAUUGUGCGUGAACCUGAAUCUGCCAAGAAAGCAACGCUGGUCAUUAUGUACGAUUUCAAUAAGGUAUUUGUCCUUGGUAAUUUUUAACUUUAAAAUGUUGUUAUCGUAUUUUUUCAUUUGGAAAACCUUACCUUAAAAUCCUUAACAUUAAAACCCCUUAGCCACUUGCGGAUACUCUCUAUUUGCUAAAAUUCAAUUUAUCAGAUUUGUAGGUCUUGCGGCAUGAUAGGAAUUUACUGAAUGUUUUUUUUUCCUGUCAUUGCUAUCAUUAUCAUAAUCAUAAUUAUUAUAACUAUAAUUAGUAUUUAUAAUUAUACAGAGGAGAAGUGUGACGUAACGCUACCGUGGUAGAAAAAGUUUUGGAUAACAACAAAAGGGAGCUUUUAAGCAACGACGAUGGCGACGGCAACGAGAACGGCAAAAAAGCAAUAGUAUUAGAUUGGCAAAACAACAAUUUUGCACGUGCAUCACGCUUUUUUGUACAUUUCUUAGCCGUCGUUGCACGACUGCGACAUGAAACCUAAUAACACGUUAAAUUAAAUCUCCAAAAUUUUCUUUUCCUUUUUGUAAACUUAGAUACCAUCCUCUGGGAUUCAACCCCGUAAUUUCGCCAACAUUUGACAAAUUAAAUGAAAUUGAAUAAAAUCUAUGAAGUUUGAAAGUGCGGAUUCACUUGUUAAGUGACGUUUUCGGUUUGUUGUCAUCCAGAAAUUUUGCUACUAUGGCAACGUGACGUAACGACUUCUCCUCUCUAUAAUAAUAAUAAUAAUAAUAAUAAUAAUAAUAAUAAUUAUUAUUAUUACGUCACGUUGCCAUAGUAGCAAAAUUUCUUGAUGACAACAAACCGAAAACGUCACUUAACAAGUGAAUCCGCACUGUUUUUUUAUUAACUUUUUGAUGCCUUUUAUAAUUGUUAUUAGUAGUCUUUAGAUAGUCAUUUUACGACAAUUCUCUUUCGUGCACAAGAAGAAUGUACAUAGGGUAUAUAUUUUAGUAUUUCAUAUUCUUGAAUCUGUAAAUAGUAAAAUUUAAUAAUUAUUAUAUUUAUCAUUGGGAUGAACAUAGAAAUUUUCUUUUUUUUUAGUUUAUAGACAGUUGUUUACAUUUGCUCUGUUGAAAACCACCAGACCACCAAGAAGUCUUUUUUCAACUAUAGUUAUACUAAAUUUGUACUUAAUUUUCAAUUUGAGAAGAGUUUAAUAAAGUAUUAUUAUUAUUUAAAAAAAAAUUGUUGUUAUUAUUAUUAUUACUAUUUUUAUUAUUAUUAUUUUGUUAUUGUAUAAAGUGACCACGCAAACUUAAAAAUAAACUUACAUAAUUCAUUGUACUAACUAAGGAUAAAUUUUGCGUAGGAUCUUAUGAUGAUAAAAGAUGUGCCUGGGUCAAAAUGUUUUUUAAAAAACUCCACAGAUGGUGCUGUCCGACCUAAUGCCUCAGAAAAAGAAUUAAACCAGGUUAGUGGGAACCCAAUACAAAUGCUGACUGCUUUAAAAGUGAUUUUCCAGAAAUUUAACCUGGUCUUUAGAUUUAUUAUCUUAUCACAUCAGAUCCUUUUUAGCCGCCACAUAUGUAACAACCGGUCGUAUAUCUGGACCUUUUUAAUUAUCCCGGCACCUGGAUUAAAUUGAGUUUAAUUUGAUUUGCCUUUUAUUACAAGCUAUAAACACAAUUUUUGGCAAACUUCUAAAUUUCCUUUUUAAUAUUUAUUUUAAAAUUUCGAACAGUAGUAGUACCAGGACGAACUGGGUGUGCAAUAUACACUAGAAGUCAACGUUUAGACUUACCAUAUCAGCUACCACCGACCAUUUCUCCUUUAAAUUAUCAAUGCAUGCACAUUCACUUUUUUCACGGUAUUUUUUUAUGCUUCCUUAAGGUGAAAAAGAAUUCUAAGAUAAAGGUGUUAUCGAAGACUGAGGAAGUCAUAAAGAAAGUUGGCAAACUAAAUCGGCACAUGUACAGCAAGGUUCUCGGUAAGGAGAUGGAACGUCUGUGCAAAGGGCUGCCAAUCUUCUUGGUAACUCCUGCGGAACUGAAUGACAUUGAGCGAGUAAAUGAUUCGGCGCAAGAAUCUGACGAGAUUCAAGAGAAAACUACUUCGUCUAAACGUACGUAUUGAUGCUAGUCUGCUUCCUAAUGGGCGUAUAUGAUUGACAGUUAAAAAGCUUAUUUUCUGUUUCUCCUCGAUACUACCAUCACAGACCUUCUUGCCCGCCAUUUUGAAUCACCGCUGUGUAAACUGCUCGUGGAAGCCUUAAAAAAUGCCAAAUGACCUCUCUAUAGCCCCCUUGGAUUCUGAUACGCGACCAGUUGCUAGGUGUGACGCAUUUCCGGAAGAUGCGUUACUCAGUGUCAGCUUUUUUUGGACCUGUUUUUGCAACGAGGCGCGCCGAAGUAUGAAGAUUUAAGAAGAGUUUUAUUCAAAAUUGAAAAGAAUUGCUUCUGUAAAGUGAAAGAAAUUGGCAGAAAAACAGACCAGAGGAAUAGGGGCCAAGAAAAAGUUUUACUCUCCCUCCAAAAUUGUCAGAAUAUAUCAGGUGAGAAGACACACCGGUGUAAUUUAGAUUUAAAACACUAAUAAGCCCUGGAAACCGGAGUAUAUUUCAAAAACAUAACGAAUAUUGACAAGAAGCAAGUAAUAUUAGUCAUCGCAGCUUCAACAGAAGCAAGAAAAAUCAAGUUGGACAUACAGCGGCUGUAGUUUGUCAAUGAAUCCAAGCAGUGAAUAAAUUUUGUUGAGCGCAUCAAUAGAAUUUGAUGCUGAAAAGAGGAGUCAAAUUGCGCUCCUGCCGUCUUUUUUCUUAGUAACGGAAAUGAAAAUUUUUCUUUAACUUCCGGUAAAUCGAUCAACUUUUAUGUAGAUUUUCUCUUAAAGGCGAAGGUAUAUUCAAAAAAGAAAACCAGAUAUGCGUAUAACAUAAUCUGAACUUAAUUGUAGAAAGAUUUUUAGGGCAAAAUAAAAUGUUGAAAAUUUUCCGGUGCAGAUACCUUAAAAACGUAGCUAAAACAUGCUUACCUCCAUCUGUGCCAAGUUCAUCUUCGAUAGUGCACGUUUAGGGUUCUUCAGCUCCGCAAAUAUUCUCCAAAUAGCAAAUGUCGCGCUUGGAGUUGCCUUCUUGCUCUUCUUGCUAUGUUUUUAGCUAUUAUUUCGUCUAGUUCUUACUCUUGAAACGAGUGAAAUGUCCGCCAUUUUUGUUUUCACAACCAAAACAACUCAACCUCGUCUCCAGGUCUUCUCAGUUAACGGUGCAUUGACCUGCAACAAAAGCUGCAUUUUUGACGUCAUCGAUUCAUUAAUCGCAAAAUUCUUCCAAAUUUGGUCAUCAGUUGCUGGUUAUGGUGAAUUAUUGUGUGUGCUAUUAGCCAAUCAGAAUCAGGGAAAUAUUUUGAAUGAAUAAUAAAGACUAUUAAUGUAUUAACCAAAUUCUGGAUUUUAUCAGACAACUUUCUAUUUAAUAAGUUUUUUUCGCCCGAAGGCUACUUUUAAUUAUUUUAUAUAUUUAUUUAGGAACAUCGGUUUAGCAUUAGAAUAGAGCUAAUUUAAACAGAGUCCUGUAAAAAACAAAAAAACAAAAACAAAACAAAACAAAACAAAUAAACAGAUACCAAGAAAAUCCUUAGAGAAAGUAGCACACUUAUAAAACACAUAAAGACAUGUUGUAAUUAAAGAGAUUAUUAAAGAGAUUACAUCGCAUCUCGUAGCCAAAGCAACUUUUAUGGACCCCAAACUUUGUUAAGAUAGAUUUGUCUAAAGGAAUGAAAAAAAAAAAAGCUACUAAAGACAGUAGGUUUUGACUCAAAACUCGUUCUGAAUCAGUAAAUGAGAGAAAAAACCUUUGGAAGGGGUCCUAAGCACGUAUUUUCGUUAAAAAGACAUUUUGAAAAAACUUACAUGCAUAUAAUUAUUUUUCCCCUGCCAUUUCAUAGUAAAUGACCAGCCGUUCCUCUAAGUAUUUGGGUGUUCAAAUCUUACAUUUAAUUUCAUUUUGAACUCAUCAAUGUCUUUUACAGUUGAGCUUGUUUUUAUGACCGUCUUUAUUAAGUGUAUUCCGAAACGUUUUAGGGUCUCCCCUCCCAUCGCGGCCUAAAGGAACAGAUCUUGUUCGUCAAACUAACGAUGCUCUUUUCGUUUUGUGGUCUCUUUUAACUUUAGGCCAAGUGGGGAGCUCUUGCGGAAGAUGGUACUGCUGGUACGAAAAAAAAUGCUGGUGCGAAGAAAAAUGCAGGCGCGUAGAAAAAUGCAAGUACCUUUCCGAGGAGCAACGGCAAUGUCCGAUCCCGGUCUAGAGAUGCUUUAUUUCCAUGGAGAUACCCACAAAAUGGACUCAAGUAACAACAAGGCGUCAUUCUUGUAAUCAGUUCGCACAUUUUAUUGUGCACCUUAGGUGUGCUCAUUAAUCGCUUUCUGUCUGUUCAUCUGUCAAUAAACUCAAGGGCAGAUUUAGGGGUGGGCCCAGGGGGCCCCGGUACCCCCUUUUGUCCGGUAAUUUGUUUUUCUUUUGUAAACGUGUGUUUGAUGGCACUUCGAGCUUUGUUAC